UAAUGGUGUAGGAUCACGUCGUCUCAGAGUAGUGAGCUGAGCAGAGGCGAAGACCUCAGAAAAUGAGAUAAAUAGAGAACGACCUGUUUCUUCCAAAAAGGAAAGAUUAAUUUCGCAAGACUAUACCACACAACAGCAGUCAUUAUGGGAACGGAUAGUACAGAUUGUAUGCUGCUUCUUGCGGCAGAAGCGUUUAAAUCUAAAAACUUCGGGCUCGCUGCAGACAUAUACGAAUGUCAAAUGCUGCACCUGCGCGACCCUGGUACGCAGCAAGAUCUGUUGGUGAAACGGGCGGAUGCCCUGGCAUUUGCUGGCAAAUUGACCGAAGCCUUCGAAAUCUACCGAAAAGCUGCUGAAAUCGAGAGACUACGACCAGUCCAUCUCGAGAAUCUUAUUAUAUAUCUCUCUAACAGUAUUAAAAGAAAGGAUGGGACAGACAGUCAAAGCAACAGGCAGGAGACGAACUCUUAUUGCGUUGGAUAUGAUGCAUUUACCUGCAGAAUAUGUUAUGGAUUUCUAUACGAGCCAGUUACCUUGCCUUGUGGACACUGCUUUUGCAAAAAGUGCCUGGACAGAGAACAAAUUAAUGUCUGCUGCAAAGAGUGCAAUGACAUUACCAAAUUCAAUGAUGUGGACAAUUAUAGAGUAAAUGUUGUUCUUAGUAACUUGUUAUCAAAGUGGUUUCCAGUUCAAUUACUUGCUGUUCAUCUGAGACGUGGGGGGAAUGGCCUAUAUUCAGAGAAAAUAAUGGAUGCGGCUUUGGACAAAUACAACGAAGCAGUACAAAUAGGUAUGGUAUUUUACCUUUUCAUUUAAAUCAAUGUUCUAAAUGGUAUCGAACUCAUUCUAAAUUAAAUUAAAUUAAAUGAAUGGCCUAUAUCCUAUGCAAUGUUGCAACAGUAUGUAGGCUACUGUUUCCAGUGCGUAUGGGCUGGCUUAAUUGACAGCUGAAUCAGCAGGUUUGAUGUAACAUUGGGUGUGGUGUAAACUGCGCUACAUUGUAACAAUUCUAUGGGGAAAUUAUUAUAACAAUGUAUCCUGUUUAUUACUUGGCUUUAACCCCUUAAUUCUGAGAGAGUCGUGCUUAUGUCACACAUGGGUGUGUGAAGGUUAAAUAAGAUGUUAUGUUGGCUAGGCCAGGGUUUCCCAAACCGGGCCCCAGGACCGAGUUUGGGAAACCCUGUGCUAGGCGACCAAACAUUGAGUAACAUGUGAGCCAUGGCAUUUUGUUGUGAUUGUGUAACAGACAAUUAAAGGAAUGUGGGUCAAGGGUAAUCAAAGUUCAACAGUAGACACCGCAGUAUUGGUUCCACUGUCAUUAUUGAUUAGACACAUACUUCUUCAAAUGUUGAACAACAAUAAUCUUUCAACAAUAAUCCAAAAUCCCCACAUUUUCACUGUGAUCUGAAGAAAACUGGUCUUGUGUGACAUUCAAUUAUAGAAUGAUGGAAUAAUGAAUAUAUUAUCACUUUCAGCCCCUAUUUCAAUUUCUAUUGAAUUUGACCUUGAUUUUUGAGAUGCCAAAUGUCCACAUUAUAUUGUACAGUUAUAGUUCUGGCACAAAGUAAAUCUCUGUCCUUCCAAGUGAAUAUGUUGUAUUUCUUUUCCAGCUCCAAGGGACCAUGUUCUGUACAGCAACCGAUCACAGAUCAAUUCCAGUCUGAAUAAUUACCAGGAUGCCCUUCAUGAUGCAGAGAUGGCAUGCAAACUCAUGCCUCUUUGGUCCAUGGUGAGGGUUGGACGUUUUGCCAUGUUUAAUUUAGAUCUACCAUCAGAACUUCACAAUGCAAAGAAAUGGUAGGAUUUGCACUGAUUACUCAACAUUAUUUUUCUUCCAGGGACAUAUUAGAAAAGCACAAGCUCUUGUCACUCUGGGGAAAUGUGAAGAAGCGUUAAGAGAGUACCUGGUCGUCAUUGCAUUAGACCCUGAAAGUAAAUUGGCAAAAACAGAGGCACAAAAGAUUCUGAGUGAUCUCCAGGCCCCUGUCACUGAUCAAGUACACAACAGAAUCCUAGACUGCACAAGUCUUCUAUCUUCCAGAAGUAGAUUUAAAGGUGGCAUCCUGAACACCUCAAGCUGCAUCAUCACCACAUCCUCCAAGUCUUACAAGGUAAGAUAAGUCAUCCAUCUUCUUUUUCUAUAUAAUACAGUACUAUCUUAUAGUGCCUGGAGUUAAGCUCAUGAAUUUACUAAAAUGUCCUAUCAUCACCCUUUCUCACAGGAUUACAAGAAUAUCAUCACCUCUGACGAGAAGUUGACGUUGUCGCCCACACUGAGUGAAUCUAAGACAGAUGGCUCGUUUGAGACGUGCAGCGGAAAGAAAGGAGCACAUCAGGUGAAUGUCUGCCAUUCCAGCGUCACCAACAGGAGUGUCUUCCUCAAACGUAGCUCAUCCGAGGACAGCGAAGUGGACAGUAUCGACAUCUGCAAGCGUUCCAAAUCUGGUAAGUUUAAAGAACUCUGGUCUCGCCCCUUAAAUGCUCUUCAAUUCAAUAGAGCUUUAUUGGCAUGAUGUACAGUGGGGGGGGGGGAAAGUAUUUAGUCAGCCACCAAUUGUACAAGUUCUCCCACUUAAAAAGAUGAGAGAGGCCUGUAAUUUUCAUCAUAGGUACACGUCAACUAUGACAGACAAAUUUGAGAAAAACAAAUCCAGAAAAUCACAUUGUAGGAUUUUUAAUGAAUUUAUUUGCAAAUUAUGGUGGAAAAUAAGUAUUUGGUCACCUACAAACAAGCAAGAUUUCUGGCUUUCACAGACCUGUAACUUCUUCUUUAAGAGGCUCCUCUGUCCUCCACUCGUUACCUGUAUUAAUGGCACCUGUUUGAACUUGUUAUCAGUAUAAAAGACACCUGUCCACAACCUCAAACAGUCACACUCCAAACUCCACUAUGGCCAAGACCAAAGAGCUGUCAAAGGACACCAGAAACAAAAUUGUAGACCUGCACCAGGCUGGGAAGACUGAAUCUGCAAUAGGUAAGCAGCUUGGUUUGAAGAAAUCAACUGUGGGAGCAAUUAUUAGGAAAUGGAAGACAUACAAGACCACUGAUAAUCUCCCUCGAUCUGGGGCUCCACGCAAGAUCUCACCCCGUGGGGUCAAAAUGAUCACAAGAACGGUGAGCAAAAAUCCCAGAACCACACGGGGGGACCUGCAGAGAGCUGGGACCAAAGUAACAAAGCCUACCAUCAGUAACACACUACGCCGCCAGGGACUCAAAUCCUGCAGUGCGAGACGUGUCCCCCUGCUUAAGCCAGUACAUGUCCAGGCCCGUCUGAAGGUUGCUAGAGUGCAUUUGGAUGAUCCAGAAGAGGAUUGGGAGAAUGUCAUAUGGUCAGAUGAAACCAAAAUAUAACUUUUUGGUAAAAACUCAACUCGUCGUGUUUGGAGGACAAAGAAUGCUGAGUUGCAUCCAAAGAACACCAUACCUACUGUGAAGCAUGGGGGUGGAAACAUCAUGCUUUGGGGCUGUUUUUCUGCAAAGGGACCAGGACGACUGAUCCGUGUAAAGGAAAGAAUGAAUGGGGCCAUGUAUCGUGAGAUUUUUAGUGAAAACCUCCUUCCAUCAGCAAGGGCAUUGAAAACGUUUGACCUGUGUCAUUGCCAACAAAUGGUAUAUAACAAAGUAUUGAGAAACUUUUGUUAUUGGCCAAAUACUUAUUUUCCACCAUCAUUUGCAAAUAAAUUCAUAAAAAAUCCUACAAUGUGAUUUUCUGGAAUUCUUUUUCUCAUUUUGUCUGUCAUAGUUGACAUGUACCUAUGAUGAAAAUUACAGGCCUCUCUCAUCUUUUUAAGUGGGAGAACUUGCACAAUUGGUGGCUGACUAAAUACUUUUUCCCCCCACUGUAUACUGUAAGUGAAGUAGUCGUUGAGAUUCACCAUCUAACUCAAAUGGUUCCCUUUUACAGAAGUGACCCAGAAUGAACAAGCAACUUCCUGGAGUACAGUGCUUGCUGGCCUCAUAGACCCGACUGACCUGGAGUGUUCUCUGUGUAUGAGGUGAGCACUACCAUCCAUGACAAUACGUGUAGCUGAAUUGUAGUAUUUGCCACUUAAGGCUGAAAGGAUAGUAAUAUAGUGUGCUGCUUUUAAUUCUGAUGUUCUAGGAUUAACAGUCAUUUUCUUAGCCUCACACAAGUCAGUUAUUUUACAAGUGAACACAAGAUAUCGAUCUUCUUUUCUGAUAGUAUUAAGCAAUAAAGAUGAAUAGGUAAACAUUUAGCCUUAUUUUUACCAUUAUAGCUUACAUUUCAUUAUCAAACAAUGUAAUGGAAAUGCAAUGAGCUAUAUGUAAAUAAGAACCUGAACGUAAUCAACAAUAGAGUAGUGAGAGAUGUUCUGAGUGUCAUUGUACCACUCCAUUGCACUAUAUUGUGUCCUUUCUCUCCAUGGUAUACCCUAGACUAUUUUAUGAACCAGUCACCACUCCUUGCGGACACACCUUCUGUCUGAAAUGCCUCGAGCGAUGCCUGGACUACAACCCCAAGUGUCCUCUCUGCAAGAUGGAGCUGAAAGAGUAUCUGGCAGAAAGUAAAUACAACAAGACUGUCUUGGUGGAGAACCUCAUCUGCAAGUAUCUGCCAUCUGAGCUCAUGGACAGGCAGAAAGUCAACGCGGAGGAGAUUGCAGACUUAUCCAAGUAAGAAUCACGUCAGCAUACAGACACUCUCCCAUUGAUCCAGUACUGUGUAACAAAGACAUGUAACAUGACAUUUAUGUUUCUUCACCUGUAACUUUGGAUAUAUUAUUUCCUCAAACUAAUACUUUUCUCUACUUUGAUUUCUUCUUUUGCAGUCUAAACAAGAACGUGCCUAUAUUUGUUUGCACCAUGGCCUUCCCCACCGUUCCAUGCCCGCUUCACGUCUUCGAGCCCUGCUACCGGCUGAUGAUCCGCAGGUGUAUGGAGAUGGGUACCAAGCAGUUUGGAAUGUGCCUCGAUGAUAACCUCAAAGGGUGAGUAAAGCCUGGACAAAGCAGAGAAACAUUGUGUUGCGUGUUCCUCAGUCAGACAGGGGAUAUCGGCGUCGUCUGGCAAUUCAUGUUAACAACUCAAAAGCCCCAUUGGGUCAACUCUCUUGUUUGGCCCCAUUGGGUCAACUCUCUUGUUUGGCCCCAUUGAGGGCCUUAGGCUAUUAUCAGAGCUGAGCAGGUCUUGCAUGUCAUUUUGUAAAAGCAACUUCAGAUAGUUUAUAUAGACUACUUUAUUGUUUGGUCCCUCUGUGAAUGCCUUAGGCACGUUUUUGGUCUUAUUUGCUUACCAUAUCUACUUUUUUGCCUUCCCCAUAGAUUUGCAGAUUACGGUUGCCUCCUGGAGAUCCGAAACGUGGAAUGCUUUGCAGACGGCCGCUCCGUUGUUGACACCAUUGGAAAAAGAAGGUUUAAAGUCAUUGAGCACCACCAGAGAGAUGGUUACAACACAGCAGACAUUCAAUACCUGGAAGACGUUAAGGUCAUUAUUAAUCGCAUGAACUAAAGCAUUUGCAUGAAUGUUGUCUGAACAUGUUUAAAGUGUAUUAGUGUAUCUCGCUGUGCUACUGAAGGCUGUUCUUGUUUUGUAUAGGUGGAGGGUGUGACAGAGAAGGAGCUGCAGAGUCUCCAUGAUGCAGUGUACGACCAGGCCUUAAUCUGGGUCAACUCCCUCAAAGCAGAACAGAUGGAGAGGAUCGUGGGGCACUUUGGGCCCAUGCCGGAGAAAGACUCUGAACCACAGGUAAAUAUGUGAACCCUGGAUACAGAUCGUAUAUGUUAACUCUAUUUUGAUACAGUUUGUAUUGAACAGGUUAUGGAUGGAUUCUUCUGGUUGUCCCCUGUAGGCCAGUCCCAAUGGGCCGUCCUGGUGCUGGUGGCUGCUGGCAGUCCUUCCCCUGGAGGGUCGAGCCCAGCUGCCCUUCCUGGCCCUGACCUCCCUGAAGGACAGACUCUGUGGCAUCCGCAGAGUACUCCUCUUCAUGACCCGCAACUGCUCCUCUCGGUGACUCCAACCCUCACACAACCAUCCAUCUCCUCCAUGUGGAUGUCUGUUUUGUCUGAAAGACCAAAUGGUAACGAAAGCCUUCUGUGUAAAUAGGUUAUUGUCAAGUGGGCUUUGAUUAGAUUUCCAAAAUGUGAUGAUGAUUAUUUCUUCCUUCCAAGGAUUAGAAGAGGCUACUUAUGGAGUGAAUCUUUUAAUCAGUGUGCUUUAAAGACAAUGAUUGAUUUAGUUUUUGUUAUUAUUUAUAAACACUGCGUGUGCAUGCAACAUGUUUACAUCCCUGGGAGGGAUGACAAACUCUAAACUAUUACAUAACUUUUUAUUUCCAAAGAGUUUAUUAACCACCACAAAUUACAUAUUAUCAAAACCAAAACCCCUGAAAAUGUAGAAAAUUAGUGGACAAAAUGACGAUAUAGUACUGGUUCUGCUGCUGCUUUAACUAUAUCAUUCAGAUAAUAUGAUUUUCUCCCUGUUUUGGUGUAGAUGAAUGCAAUACACCUCCAGUUGAAAUGAGCUAUCUCCUACUUACGAUGGAAUAUGUAUUGUUAUUUAUAUGACCUACUUUGCACUUUAGUUGCAGCAUAAGUGAUACUCACAUUUUCUUCAUGCAUGGUGAGCAAAGAUGGGUUGUGAGAUUAGCCUUUAAGAAAGGAAAACCUUUUAUUGUUUUGUUGGAUGCUACAUGUUUCUUUGUCUGACAUACUUUUUUCAUAGUUUUCUACUGUUAUUUCUAUGUUAUGAUUAUCACCUUUUUAUACAGACAAUGGUUAUGUUGUAAAAUCUUGUGGAAAUGUGUUAAUGAACAACAAUUAUAUUUUGUAUUCCAAGGGCCAAUUGUAAGUUAUUGUAUUUAUAUAGGGCUGCCUUGUCUCAUAUUUUUUGCAACAUAUAUGCUCAUAAAUUAGAGAUGACAGAAGUGACGAACAAACUAAAAGUGAUUGCAAUAACGGUUACCACUUGUGCAGCGUGAUUCCUGGCUAGUAUACAUAAGGCAACGACGUGAAUGUGAACAUGCAAAUAACUGUAGACGAGGGAAAUAUCAACUUUUAGAGUGUAGAGCGUGGCGGAUUUAUCAGCCUUUCCACUUUUACCACUUUCCAAUAUUCUCAGUUUGAUUUGCGAAAAACUUUUUGCAUUUGGUUGUCCUGACCUAAGCCCAAGACACUCUGAAAUUAUUUUCCUAACACAUUACAGUCAGAUGAAAGUCUAACCAUUCUAAAAACUCAUGAAGGAGUUGGAAGACUUAUUUCUGACAUUUGAACUGUCAUCAUCUUGUCUUUCAAGUUAUUGUCCCAUAAACGGUAGCAUCAAUCACUCAGUAAUUUCUAAUCUUUUUCAACAUUUAGUGCCUUAAGUUGGAUUUCUUCCAUGAUGCCAGUACCAUAAAGCUCAAACUAUGUAGCAGAAUUCAGACUAAGGUUGCG